AUGCGCCUCCACUCGCUCAAACUCCUGAUCGCUGCUGCGAUCGCUCUGCGUACCGUGAGCUCUUCGAAGGAAUACGGCUUCAAGAUGGCUCAAAUCGACCGCCCGACUGCUGGUCCUUCUCACGCCGAUAACCGCACUGCCAUUCACGACGAUCGGCUGCCACAAGCAAACAGCGCCACGGAUAGCGAAGAGCGGGCGCCAGGACCAAGCAAACCCGUCUUUUUGUUUGGAGUGGAGUUGAAGGAGACGACACCGCUGUUUCUAGAGAACGCUCUUACCCGCCAAGUUGGAAGCGCGCGGGCACACAUAAGACCAAACCCAGUUGGUGAUCGCCCUGUGUCGAGCCCUUCUGAAGUGACGAAAGCGCGUGUUGGCUCGCACGAUGAGACGAUGACAGCGGUUGCACCGAAGGAUCUGGAGGAAAAAGAAUUUGCUGAAAUCUUCAGCCUUUAUCCAGCGUCUCCUACGAUGCUUCGCCCUGAUGCAAUGGGGCGUCUAACGAAGGCUGUCAAAGCGUGGAACCGAAUCCAUACGAAAAGUAAAACUGUGCCGGAUGUGCUUAAGCAUAUCUUUAAAGGCAUAGCCAAUCUCGCGCCUGUUUUGGCAAAGGCUAAGAUGGAUGGACCCAGCUCCGCUGAAUUUGCACGGUUGCAGAGAGCAUUACUGAAGCCAUAUAUCAAGGAAGAGCUUGAUCCAAGCGCUGUUUUUGGCAAGCUUGAAUUGCAAGAGAGAAGCCUGACGCUCGAGAAUUUGGACACGUUCGACGCGUACCUUGAACUGUAUAACUUGCGUAUCGCCAAAAGUCCGAAAAGCACGAAUAAGAUGGAUCUUAUGGCGUAUCUUCGCUAUCAGUUUGGCGACGAUGAACUCAUACGGAAGGUAGCGGACGGUAGAAAGCAUACAGAAUACCCCGACACGAUACCGGCACGUCUUGUGAAGACAUUGGAAGGCGAAACAAACUCGAUCUAUGAUGUCGCCAGAAUAUUGUCUAAUGCUGGAAUCGAUGAUUCCACAGUGGCGAGUUUGGUGCUGAGUUCAAAAGAUAGCGAGUCCAAAUUCUCGCUAGCUAUAUCGACAUCUAAGCUUGCUAGCUUCAGUGGACACGAUCACACAAUCGUGCACUUGCAGAAGGGGCUGAUGGAACUCUUGGUGAGGAGCGGGAAAUCGCCCGACGAGAUUUAUGACUUGCUAAAGCUUUCCAACCAAGUGUCGAUGGGAGAGUUUUUACCUGUGGCGCGGGACGCAUUUGGUGCUUACGUUAAAGCAUUCAACAAACAACACCCUGAUUCUCUGCUUGACGCGGAUGUGUACCUCGCCCAAAAGUUGAGUGCUGCAGAAGCGCUCAAAGAACCAGCCCCAAAACGCCAAAGGACUGGAUGA